AUGGUACGGACAUGCUGCGUGCCUGGGUGCAAAUCUAAUGUGAAAUCUGUUCCGUCGCACAGAUUUCCUAAAGAUUCACAUAAAGCAAUAACUUGGCUACAAGCAAUUAAACGAACUGAUUUAAUUAAUGCAUCGUUACAAACAUUAAAUAAUUUGAGAAUUUGCACAUUACAUUUUACUGAUGAUUGUAUAGUAAGUUAUGCAGCACGGCGAAUUUUGAAAGAUUGGGCACUUCCAAGUUUACAAUUACCAUUCAUAAUAACUGAACAAGAUAGAGCUAGUACUAGUAGUAAUAUUAUUUUUAAUUUAGAAAAUAUAGAUGUUCAGAAUAAUUCAACUCCACAAGUCUUAUCUACAGUAAUUGAACAAGAUAGAGCUAAUAUUAUAAAUUUAGAAAAUAUAGAUAUUCAGCAUAAUCCUAUUGUAAUGUCAGUACCAAAGCAAAUCAAUGCAAACAAGUCAAUGCAAUUAGCAAGCCAGUGCAAGCAGCUCAAUGUACAAUCAUCAGUUUCCAUUCAAAUUAGACAAAAACUAAGACAGGUCAAGAAACAAUUAUAUAAAAAGAAGAUUCAAAUCUACAAGCAACGUAAACAAAUCAAUAAACUACGCAAGAGAGAUAAAUGGGAAGAAGUAGUAACAGAUUUUUCAUCUGCACAAAGAACGUUUUUAGAUAUGAUAAAAACAAAUUUAAAACGUAAACCAGAG